CUUUACAUUUUGAUAACGAUUCUAUUACCAAGUGGCCUAUAUUCGUGGAAGAUGGCAUCAUUAAUUAUAUCCUAGGCUGACUAAUGAUGACUAAGCAUCAAAAAGUAUAAAUACUCGUCUUGCAUCGGGUCAAGAAUCCACAAAUGCCUAGAAAGACAAAUUGGGAAAUAAAGCAAAAACGAGUACCAAAAGAAGUUUCGAAUCAUACCAAGAUAAAUAUAUUAUGUAUUGCAAUGAUCAUCACAAUAUUAGCAUAUUAUACUCAUAUAUCACAUUAUUUAGAUAAUAUUAACAUUUUAAAAUAAAGCUCAAAUUGUUGGAAUUUUUACAGUAGUAACUUUAGUUGCUCACAUUCGUUGUGAUAGUGAUACCCCUAAGAUCAGUAAAAGCAAUAACAUCAU